CUUUUGCUAUGAUGCCUUUGGCGAACUAAGGAAGUGAUUCUGAUGACUCACACUUGGAACAAGAGUCUGAAGAGAAGGAAAAUAUGUCUGCAAAUGCUAAUCAUAUGAUAAAGAAUGAAGAAGAGAAGCAGAUUAAAAUUGAAAUGCCACAAAAUCUGUUAACAGGAGAAUUUGAGGAUUUGGAGCUGUUAAUAGGUGGUGAAAAAAUGGAUUAUGUUACUGAAAAGGAGCUAUUACAGAAUUUAGUAAAGGACUACAAGCAGGGGGAGGUAAACCUUGAAAGGAAAUUUCUUGAAUUGAAAGGUCUGAAGGAAAGGAAAUCAGCCAUUGCCCAAAUGCAAAGGCAAUUAGAAAAAAAGACAGCAAAAUUGGACUCUCUCAAAACAAUCAUUGCUUCCUUGCAGUCAGAGAGGAAAAUUAUUCAAGAAAAAAUAAGAGAGGAUGUUUUGUCUAAAAAGCAACUAGAUAUUGCAAAGAAAAUGAUAAGUGAGAUGCAAUGGAAGAAAGAAGUCAAUGGAAGCCCUGUCAAGGAGCAGAUAUUGAUGCUCCAACAGCAAGUAACUGAACUACAGAAGUAUAAUGGCUCAGGUAGAAAUGCUACGGUGAAUAAGAAACUUAAUGAUGUUCAAGACAUCGAACUAGAAGUUUUGGAACUGAAGAGGAGAAACAAAGAGCUUGAAUUGGAAAAGAGGGAGAUUGGAAUUGAGUUGGCUACAGUCCAGGCAAGAAUCAGAACAGAGUUUCUGCAGGAGGAAACAGUGUCCCAGAUAAAAGAAGAAAUAAGUGGUUUACGGCAUGUCCAAGAAGAACUUUCAGAACAAGUUGAAAUAUUGCAGAGAAACAGAUUUGACAUGGUCCAGGAACUUGUGUACCAACGGUGGCUUUACACAUGCUUGAGGUUUGAAGUCCACGAUCAUAAAAAACAAAGUAGAAAGGCCUCAAGACUAGAUUGCAGCCAGGAUUCAAGCAAAGAAUUGUAUGGGAAAACUCAUGCAUUAACAUUUGAUCCUGAGCUUGAAAGCAACUCUUCUAAUGCCACAUUUGAAGAGAGUGAUGAAAUUGAAACUACUACCCUUGAAAGCCCUUCCAGCAGUCAAAGUAGCAGCAGCAACAAUUCUAGUUUUCUUGGUAAAAUAAAGAGAUGGAAGAAAACCAAAGAUUACUCCAACAAUAUUUCAUCAAAGGGUAGAAAUUAUCGGAGCAACCCUGGCCUUGUACGUAGGUUUUCCAUGUCAAUGGUUGCAUCAGAACUAUCAAAGCCAAGGAAUAGUGAUGAUAGUUCAGUCACCAACCUAUCCCAGAAAUUCAAGAUGCAGAGUUGUUCCAAAUCAAUAGAGAAACCAAUAAUACGGAGAAUGAAGAGAGUCUCUUUCAGUGAUUCAGUUAAACUAUCUACCUAUGAAGAUAUGCCAGAGGCAGUUGAGGAUGUGAUAGAUGACAAAGAAACAAGGUCUGGGAAAAUAAUGGGGCUAACUUCAAGUACUAUGAGGGUAGAUAAACAUAAGGCAGAACAAAGUGAUAAAACGAGCAAUUCAAAUGAAUAUGUGGUUGGUAACCCCAUCAACAAUGAUUCCGUUGCUGAGAACGAAGGUACCGAGAAUAAAAUUGGUCAUUCAGAUAAAAGGAAUUCAAGGAAUGUGCUCGUUUGUAGAAAGGAGGAUAAGAUUAAAACCCAACUGGUGCAGCUGGUAGCAUUUUUCUUCUUUUUACUAAUCCUGCUAGCAUAUCUCAUGAUCAAAUAACUAUAGCUAAUUAUAUGAAACUGCCGUGAAUUUAUGUAUUUCACUCAUUUUUUAAUGUUAGACAUAGCACUUGACUCCGAAUUUCAAUGUCUGGAUUGGAAGCAUAGCCCAAAAGAAGAAGCAAAUGUA